AUGAACUUCCAAAACAACGCUGCUGUGGGUUCUAUUGAUGAGUCGAAUCCAGGAUUUGUCAGAGAACAUCAGAAUAUGAAUGCCUAUGUGUAUCAGUAUAGCAGUUUAAGGGAGAGCAUGAUGAAUAGCACUUUUGCUCAAAUGAAUCUGGCUCGUGAAGUAUACGCUCAAGAAAAUCAAUAUCAAGCACUGUGGAAUGCGUUUAUGGUGCUGGCAGGUGAUCAUGACAAUCUCAAUAAUAGGCUCCAACAAGCGCUGAAAGAAAAUGGAGAAUUGAAAGAAGCAAAUUGGAAUUUGUAA